CAAUUUAUAAUGGCGGGAAACAUAUCUAAUAUGCGAGCGAAGAUAAAAGUCCUCUUCCUUUGUCAUCAGAUCCACCUAGAUUUAUGAAGCCCUAAAACCCUCUUCUUCCUACCAAUUUCGUUCCCAUUUUAACACAAGUCACAAGCUACACGAGAAGAAGCACAUAAAUUUAUGAUCAAUUGGCGCGUAUUUACUCAUUUAUUUCAGUUAGGGUUAGGGUUUAGGAAAAUUUCCACACUUACAAUCAAGAUAUUGUAAUGGCGAACAAAAUCACCGAUGAAUUAAUCACAACGGUUCAAUCCAUCGUAGGCCAAGAUUAUUCCAAGAUGGAUGUACUCAGAGCUCUUCACAUGGCGAACAACGAUGCCACUGCCGCAAUUAACAUAAUCUUUGACACCCCAAGUUUCAAAAGAUCGGAACCCCCAAAGCCAAAGACCCCAAUGGUCUCGAGUCGUAAUGCAACUGUGAAGACACAAACUCCGGUUACCAAUUCCAAAACGAAUAGUGUAAUAAGUCGUUCUGUAGAUGACGAACCUUGUACAAGCAGGUCAGUGGCGCCGGAGCGUGAAGUUAUCAAGGGAAACGAAAUCGUGAAUAAUCUAACUGGAAGUAGCAAAUGGUGGUUUGUGGGUUGUUGUGAAGUGGCGGGGUUGUCUACAUGUAAAGGAAGUAAGAUAAAACCCGGUGAUCAAUUGAAUUUCACGUUUCCACCUGAGAAAUCGUUGAGUGGACCCUCUCCGGCCAAGUUUGGUAGCGUCGGCCGUGGCAGGCAGCCCUCUGCCUGUUCAGAGAUUGUGAGGUUUUCUACAUCAGCUUCCGGAGAGAUUGGUCGGAUCCCAAAUGAAUGGUCUCGAUGCCUUUUGCCUCUUGUUAGAGAUAAGAAGGUUCAAAUUCAAGGUUUUUGUAAAUCUGCUCCAAAUAAUCUUGGUCUUAUGGAUACCAUUCAUCUGUCUAUCAGUGUUUACAUCAACAGUUCAAUGUUGCACAAAAGCCAUCAGACAUCUGUCAAGGUACCCACCACUUCAGUUGAUGAAACCUCCAUCCAACCUCUUCCAACUUUAUUCCGAUUACUUGGACUAGUUCCUUUCAAAAAGGCAGAAUUUACACCUACUGACUUAUACACAAGGAAGCGAAGAUUAGACAUAAAGGAUUCUUCUGGUGUUCCUCCUCCAUUACUCAAUGCUCCCAAACUCAAAAACUCAUCUUCAAAUGGAAGUACAGUUGAACCCGAAGAGACAAUUUCAGAUAAUGAUCUUGACAAUAUUGUUGGUGUUGCAAAUGGCUCUGAGUUAGAGGAAAUGGAACCUCCUAAUACUUUAUUGUGUGAGCUUCGCCCCUAUCAAAAACAAGCACUUCAUUUCAUGGUUAAUUUGGAAAAAGGACCAUGUGUUGAUGAUGCAGCUACUACUCUUCAUCCAUGUUGGGAUGCAUAUCAUCUUGCAGACAAGAGGAAAUUCAUAGUGUAUGUGAAUUCAUUUUCUGGAGAAGCUACUGUAGAAUUUCCAAGUACCCUUCAAAUGGCAAGAGGAGGAAUUUUGGCAGAUUCAAUGGGGCUUGGAAAGACUAUAAUGACAAUAUCACUCCUUCUUGCUCAUACUGAAAAAGGUGGAUCAUUAGAUAAAGAUUCCACCAGUGAAAUCAAUGGCUCAGAUCAAUCUUCAUCAUCUCCAAAAAAAGCAGCUAAAUUUUCUGGUUUUGAUAAGCUUAGAAAGCAGAAACAAUCACUCAUUGGUGGUGGGAAUCUUAUCAUAUGUCCCAUGACUCUUAUAGGUCAAUGGAAGGCAGAGAUUGAAAGCCAUUCAGAACCAGGGACUUUGUCAAUUUAUGUUCACUAUGGGCAAAGUCGUCCAAAAGAUGCCAAAAUAUUAGCUCAGAGUGAUGUUGUGUUAACCACAUAUGGAGUUGUAGCUUCAGAAUUUUCAUCUGAGAAUGCUGAAGAACGUGGUGGAAUUUAUUCUGUGAGGUGGUUUAGGGUGGUGCUUGAUGAAGCACACACAAUAAAAUCUUCAAAAAGUCAAAUUUCCAUGGCGGCAGCUACCCUUGUUGCUGACCGGAGAUGGUGUUUGACCGGUACCCCUAUCCAAAACAAUUUGGAGGACAUUUUCAGCCUUCUUCGGUUCUUAAGGAUUGAACCAUGGGGGAGCUGGUCUUGGUGGAACAAGCUAAUUCAGAAACCUUUUGAGGAUGGAGAUGAAAGGGGCUUAAGUUUGGUCCAAAACAUUUUAAGACCAAUAAUGUUAAGAAGAACAAAGUUUAGCACAGACAAAGAAGGAAGGCCUAUAUUAGUUCUCCCACCUGCUGACAUGCAGGUAAUAUAUUGCCAACAAACAGAAUCCGAAAAAGAUUUCUACGAUGCUCUUUUUAAGAGAUCCAAGGUAAAAUUCGAUCAGUUUGUUGAACAAGGACGUGUUCUUCACAAUUAUGCUUCCAUUUUGGAGCUACUUUUACGCCUUCGCCAAUGCUGCGAUCACCCGUUUCUCGUAAUGAGUCGAGGUGACACUCAAGACUUUUCAGAUUUGGAUAAGUUAGCAAAACGGUUUCUUAAAGGUGGUAAUAAUAAUAAUGACACCAUGGAAGAAGGUAAAGAAAUGCCUUCAAAAGCUUACAUACAAGAAGUUGUUGAGGAAUUAAGAAAAGGGGAACAAGGGGAAUGUCCGAUUUGUCUUGAAGCUUUUGAAGAUGCAGUUUUAACACCAUGUGCUCAUAGAUUAUGUCGCGAGUGUCUUUUAUCAAGUUGGAGAAACCCUGCUUCAGGUCUCUGCCCUGUUUGCAGGAAGUCCGUGAGUAAACAGGAACUUAUCACUGCACCAACUGACAGUAGAUUUCGAGUUGAUGUUGACAAAAAUUGGGUGGAAUCAUCAAAAGUGUCUGCUCUUUUGAAAGAUCUAGAAAGUUUUCGGUCAACAGGGUCAAAAAGCAUUGUUUUUAGUCAAUGGACUGCUUUUUUAGACCUUCUUCAGAUCCCUCUUUCUAGGAAUAAUAUUUCAUUUGUUCGAUUGGAUGGGACUUUAAAUCAGCAACAGCGUGAAAAAGUCAUAAAGCAGUUUUCAGAAGAAAGUGAUAUUCUGGUAUUGUUAAUGUCAUUGAAGGCUGGAGGAGUUGGAAUUAAUCUAACAGCAGCAUCUAAUGCAUUUGUCAUGGAUCCUUGGUGGAAUCCUGCAGUUGAAGAACAAGCUGUGAUGCGCAUACACAGAAUUGGACAAACAAAAAGUGUUUCAAUCAAACGUUUUAUUGUGAAGGGUACGGUUGAGGAAAGAAUGGAGGCAGUACAAGCGCGAAAACAACGGUUAAUUUCUGGUGCCUUGACAGACCAAGAGGUUCGAAGUGCACGUAUUGAGGAGCUUAAGAUGCUUUUCACUUGAUUUUAAUUUUGUAUUUUUAAAUUGCUAAUUUUGCUUCAUAUUUAAAUAUUAUACUUUUUUUGGUUUUAGUUUGUUUAGGGUUUUAUGAUACAAAUUUGUAUAGUUGAAUUAUGCAAUUGUUGUCAAUUUUGAAGUUA